AUGGAGACCUACUACGGCCACAUCCGCACGCCGGCGGACGCUAUCAUCCUCUUCGAAGCAUGUCGCAUCGGUCUGCUCCCACGAGUGCAACGACGACUGUCAGAAAAAGAGCGUCAGUCCAUUCGAUCUGGGUCGGUGUUCGUGUGGGACGAGCGCGAAGCUGGCAUGAGACGAUGGACCGAUGGGAAAUCAUGGAGUGCCAGCCGUGUCUCUGGCAGCUUUCUGACUUACCGGGAAAUGGAGGGCAAGCGCGGCGGGAGCAACGUCUCCCAAAAUGCCUCGCGGGGUGGCAAGACGCCUGAAAGCCGUGGGAGCGAUGAGGACCGGGCCGACGGCACUGACGAGGGUCCGGAUGGGUAUCGCUACAAGCCCGAUGGCCUGAUGAAGCAGUCAUUCAGUAUCACCACCUCGGCGGGUCAGCACUUGCAUCUGAUCAGCUACUACUCUCGCUCUCACCCCUCUGCUGCCAAUCUGCAGCAACCUACUACCGAUCCCGCACUGCGACAUGUCCGGCCUCAGAAGGGUCUCUACCCCGAGUCUACUGUCAAUGACCAGCAAAACUUGCCCGUUGUGACUCGCGGCCCUAUGGCCGGAGCUACUUAUUCUAUCACGCCCCACCCCAUGAAUGGGUUCUCGCGUGCCACCCAUGCCCCUUCCUACACACCCUCCUACGCCUGGCCGCCUACCCCGCUGCCAACACCACCGACAGUGGCCGUUCCGUACGGCGCUGCUUACCUCCCGGCAGUCUCUGCGACCAAUAGGCAUCCUCCUCACUAUGCUCAACAUCCUCACCACACCCCGCCCCACCAGCCACCACACCAUGGCUUGCCGCCGCCGCCCCAUGGGCUACCGGUGGCAUAUGAACGACCUCCCCCUCCCGAAUCAUCCAUCCCACCCCCAGGCCCACCGUCAGCACACCCAGCUUACCCAGGCCGGUCGCCGCGCAUGAUUCACGAGCCGCCACAUGAGCAGCAACGAAGCCCACCGGGUUACGGCAAACCUCACCCAGAUCCGCGCCUGGCCUCACCCCGAGUGCCGCCCUCGGGCGCCCCUCAGAACAACGGGCUUGCUCCCAGCCCCCACAUGCUGAAGCAAACUCCCCCAACCUCCCUUAAGUCGCUCGGCCCGAUCGGCACGCCGCCCAAGCUCGCCGACCCGGCAUCUGCGGGCAACACUGUCCCCAGCAUCGGCACCCUCAUGAACGGGACUUCGUUGGCUCCGCUGUCCUCGAUCACCACCACUGCUGGUCCUGCCUCUAGCCCGAAGGGCGCCCCCGCCGGCUCGCCCGAUGGACCCCGCGAUAUCCCCAAUGAAAAGAUUGGGUUCGCCGGCGAAGACAUGAGAGCGCUGCGCCAGCUUGACCGUGUCUUUACGGCAUAG